UGUACUUAAAAACGAUACGGACAGCAAAUGUCCCCACGGGUCUACCUAUUUACUACUAUACAUUUUCUAAAAGUGCAAGCCGAGGUUUGAUCACGGGCUGAAAUUGGAGCUCGUCAUGUGACAGGGGCUGUGUUGUUGUUGUCCAGUCGGCAUGGUGCAGUCAACUCCCAGUCGGUCGACUUCGUCACGUAACCCCAGCAUACAACCUGGUCGGCUGUCCUUGUCAGUGUCAGAUUGUCACUUGGCUGAUCACCAUGGGUGUCUCAAAGACUUUUCAGAAAGAAUUUCUUGACAUCUUCUGGACAACAGGACUGCCAAAUCAUCAGAGACCACCUUAUGGAGUGGCGCUUGUAAGUGUUGGUGAAAACAGAGCUCAGAACACACAAAUGUUUAGAAGCUCAAACAAAGACACACACGCUGAGCAUCACCUUAUUGACUAUAUAUACAACCUGCCAGAAAUACAAGAUGAUGUGACAAUGGAAAUAUUUCAGAACUACAGUCCAUGUAAAAAAUGUGCCAAACGAUAUGUUUGGCUUGUGAAGGAAUAUGAAGCAGUGGGCAUCACGCUCCGGCUGCAUGUACAUUUUGCAUCUUUGUACAGAAUAUGUGACGAUGUUGAACACCCGUCUGAUUCAGGACAUGUUUUGGCAAAGGAAACACACUGGAAAAACAUUUCCGGUCUGAAACGAAUGGCGUCUGUUGGGAUUAUACUGAAGGGUUUCACCAAAAGUACAUGGACGAAACUUAUCGGCAUGAUUAAUGUUCCGCUUAAUGAAGACUUUGACAAGCAAUAUAAACGGCAAAGGAAAGAGAGUGAUGCACUCUGUGUAGAAACACUUGGCAAAGUUCUGGAAUUGCCAGAAUACCUCAUGUCAGAGGAAGCCAGAGACGGAGGGAUCCACAGCAAAAGGCAUCAUCAGUCCCCAUCUAAGCACCAUGGUCGAGACGACAAACAACUUCUUUCAGGUAGUUUCCGCGCUCCACACAUCCAACAUGUAGGCCAUCCAGUUCGGGUCCAUGGUAGAGACAACCAACCACAUGAAUCUUCCGUUCAUCUCCAUGGCGACAAGAAACAAUCCCAAGCCCACACACUUCAGUUCCAUGGCAAUAAGAACCAACCACAUGGUCCUUCCGUUCAUCUCCAUGGUAACAAGAAACAAUCCCAAGGUCACACACUUCGGUCACACGGUCCCCCAAGUUGGUUUCUCAGUGCAAGAAAACAAUCACAAAGCCCCCAACUUCAGUUCAAUCCUGAUGUCAGUCACACUCCACUACACGGCCCCCCACUUCAGUUGCCUGGAAGAGACGACCAACCACAAAGCCCCCGAGGUAGGAUCCACGUUAGAAACAGACAACCACUAGGCCACACUCUUCCGGUCCAUGGUAAAGAAAACAAACCAGGCGGCCACAAACUUCUGAUCCAUGGUAGAGAAAACAGAGCACGUGGCCACACACUUCAGAUUCAUAGUAGUCACGAUCAUCUACAUUCCCCCCAACGUUGGUUCUUUGGUGGAAAAAAACAAACACAGGCCGCCCCAGUUCUGUUCCAUGGUAGCCACGCCCAACCACAAGAAGCCCCAGUUGAUUUCCAUGGGAGAAGCAUCGAACCCCUUGCUCAGUUACAUGUUAGACACAACCAACCUCAAAGUCCUGCAGGUAAGAUCCAUGUCAGAGACAUCCUCCCACUAACCCACACAGAUAGGUGUAAUGAUGGAGGCAUCCUACCAAAAGGCACCCCAAUACGGAUCCAUGGGAGACACAAUGAACCUCAAAGUCCUGCAGGUAAGAUCCAUGUCAGAGACACCCUCCCACUAACCCCCCCAGAUAGGUGGAAUGAUGGAGGCAUCCUACCAAAAGGCACCCCAAUACGGAUCCAUGGGAGACACAAUGAACCUCAAAGUCCUGCAGGUAAGAUCCAUGUCAGAGACACCCUCCCACUAACCCACACAGAUAGGUGGAAUGGUAGAGGCAUUGAAUCACAAAGCCCCCCAGUUCAGUUCCAUGGUAGACACAAGCAGCCACAAAGCCCCCAUGUUCGGAUCUAUGAUAGAGACAACCAACCACGUGAACCCCCAGUUCGGAUCCAUGAUAGAGACAACCAACCACGUGAACCCCCAGUUCGGAUCCAUGAUAGAGACAACCAACUAUGUGAACCCCUAGUUCGGAUCCAUGAUAGAGACAACCAAACACGUGAACCCCUAGUUAAGUUCCAUAGUAGAGACAACCAACCAAAAGGCCCUACAAUUCGGUUGCAUGGAAGAGACAACCAACCAAAAGGCUCCCAUGUUGGUUCCGUGGUAUAGACGACAAGCCAAAGGCCCCCCAAGUUGAGUUAUGCUAGAUGCAGCCAUACAGUCCCAUUGUGUGUGUGUCAGCCUGUCUCGCAUACAGUUUGUACUGUUGGAAAUGCUACACCCUGUGUUGUAUAUUGUACACACUAUUGUAUAUAGUACACACUGUAUUGUAUAUAGUACACACUGUAUUGUAUAUAGUACACACUCUAUCGUAUAUAGUACACACUCUAUCGUAUAUAGUACACACUAUUGUAUAUUGUACACACUCUAUUGUAUAUUGUACACCCUGUUGUAUAUGGUACACACUGUAUUGUAUAUUUUACACUCUGUAUUGUAUAUUGUACACACUGUAUUGUAUAUUGUACACACUAUUGUAUAUAGUACACACUGUAUUGUAUAUAGUACACACUGUAUUGUAUAUUGUACACACUGUAUUGUAUAUUGUACACACUAUUGUAUAUAGUACACACUGUAUUGUAUAUUAUACACUCUGUAUUGUAUAUUGUACAUGCUAUUGUAUAUAGUACACACUCUAUCGUAUAGAGUACACAAUGUAUUGUAUAUUGUGCACACUGUAUUAUAUAUUGUUCACACUUUAUUGUAUAUUGUACACGCUAUUGUAUAUUGUACACACAAUUGUAUAUGGUACACACUGUAUUAUAUAUUGUUCACACUUUAUUGUAUAUUGUACACACUAUUGUAUAUAGUACACACUGUAUCGUAUAUAGUACACACUGUAUUGUAUAUAGUACACACUGUAUUGUAUAUUGUACACACUGUAUUGUAUAUUGUACACACUAUUGUAUAUAGUACACACUGUAUUGUAUAUUAUACACUCUGUAUUGUAUAUUGUACACGCUAUUGUAUAUAGUACACACUGUAUUGUAUAUUAUACACUCUGUAUUGUAUAUUGUACAUGCUAUUGUAUAUAGUACACACUCUAUCGUAUAGAGUACACAAUGUAUUGUAUAUUGUGCACACUGUAUUAUAUAUUGUUCACACUUUAUUGUAUAUUGUACACGCUAUUGUAUAUUGUACACACAAUUGUAUAUGGUACACACUGUAUUAUAUAUUGUUCACACUUUAUUGUAUAUUGUACACACUAUUGUAUAUAGUACACACUGUAUCGUAUAUAGUACACACUGUAUUGUAUAUAGUACACACUGUAUCGUAUAUAGUACACACUGUAUCGUAUAUAGUACACACUGUAUUGUAUAUAGUACACACUGUAUUGUAUAUUGUACACACUGUAUCGUAUAUAGAACACACUGUAUCGUAUAUAGUACACACUGUAUCGUAUAUAGUACACACUGUAUUGUAUAUUGUUCACACUGUAUUGUAUAUUGUACACUCUGUAUUGUAUAUUGUACACGCUAUUGUAUAUAGUACACACUGUAUCGUAUAUAGUACACAAUGUAUUGUAUAUUGUUCACACUGUAUUGUAUAUUGUACACUCUGUAUUGUAUAUUGUACACGCUAUUGUAUAUAGUACACACUGUAUCGUAUAUAGUACACAAUGUAUUGUAUAUUGUUCACACUGUAUUAUAUAUUGUUCACACUCUAUUAUAUAUUGUGCACACUGUAUUAUAUAUUGUUCACCCUUUAUUGUAUAUUGGUAAGUGGAGAAGACACGAAUGUUAUCUCGCAACAUUUAUUCUGUGAGAUUGGGUUAUUAAUGAUGAUUAUUUAAUCACAUAUUACCAGUUAAUUGUGAGUUGAUUAUACUACUUCAAAGUUAACCAAGUGAGUGUUUCUAGGAGACCAGACGCACACAGUACUCAACCUUGGUGUAAAUGUGUGCUUGGCCCUUCAAACCAAUACACCACGGCAAGUCCUAUAACAUCAAUAUUGGCUUAAAUCAUAACCUGAUUCACAAUUCAUUAACUAGUACUUAAUAGUGUCAUUAUCAAUAGGUUAAUCAUUUAAUAGCGAUUCAUAAACACAGGCUUACAAUGUUGUCAGAAUCGUUUAGAUUUUGUCACUUAUAUCUAUCAGGAUCGAAUCGAAGCAAACAUUCUUGUGAAGAGGCUUGGCAGAGAUAUUGCUCCUUUACCAGCGACUUCAUCUCUUACCUGUGCAAAUAGUGUGUCUUGUAGAAACAUUUGUAUGUGACAUGUCAGACAUUAAUUGGUUAGAUGGGUAUGAUGUCUUUUACAGCCCCGCAAUUGAAUUAUCAGUAUGGUCGACUCUCAGGUGGCGUAUGCAUAUGUAUCCAACAUUCAGUAUGCAUAUGUAUCCAACAUUCAGUAUGCAUAUGUAUCCAACAUUCAGUAUGCAUAUGUAUCCAACAUUCAGUAUGCAUAUGUAUCCAACAUUCAGUAUGCAUUAAAGUAGCAAAACAAUUGGUCUCUGUUGACAGAAAUAUAAAUUUGAUAUGUACGUAUAUCCCACCGUCGGGUUCGCCAUACUGUAACAAUAGUAACUCUAAAUAUAACAUUGAAAUGCUUGAUCAGUUCUUAUUAGAAAACCUUUCAGAAAUUAGUGAUUCUUACACAGUUAUUUGUGGUGAUAUGAAUGUACGUACAGGUGAACAAAACAACCAACUUGCUAACUUUGAUGAUGCUUUUCAUAAACACAACAUUCCAUUGAGUGAGGAGGAAGAUCUACCUGUUGAUGAUCGUAACUCCCAUGACAGUGUGAUAAACAGAUUUGGGCAGAUAUUGUUAGACAUGUGUGAUUCAUUCCAGCUAUUUAUUGUUGAGGGCAGGGUAUAUGGAGUCGCAGAAGAGGAAUAUACAUAUUGUGAUCAAUAGGGAUGUAGUGUAAAUGAUUACUUUAUCUGUUCUCCGGAUCUUUUUUAAUACAUAGACAUGUUAAACAUUGGAGAUCGUAUAGAGCCCGAUCAUUUACCAUUAGAAUUGACAUGUAAAUUCCUAAACAUGAACAACCAAAAUGAUAAGCCAACAUCUGGUUGCUUUAAAGAAAAGAUUGUUUGAAAUGAAUCUCUUUGUGAAACGAUUUUAAACAGCCUGCAGGAAAGGAUGGUGUCUUGUAAUCAACUACUUUUAAGUAAACUAGAUUUUAACAUAGAUGGGGCUAUAGAUGAUUUCGUCCAUGUUAUCUUAGAUUCUGCAGAUUGUAUGAGGAAAAGCACUAGAAUUAUGCACUAUCAACAUACCAAGGCACCAUUAAGUGACAAAAGUAAGAUUGCAAGACAAGAUGCUAAAAAAACAUUGAGAACCUUUAGACUUAGACCUACUGACUCUCAUAGAAACAUCUACUGCAAAAAGAGAAAUCACUACAAAUCCUGCCGUAGGAAAUAUAUAUCUGUCUUGUGUAAAUUUAGGCUAAAAAAACUGAGUGAUACUAUUUUAGAAUCCCCCAUAUCACAGGAUGAGAUUCUGGACGCUACAGUUGGUACAUCUAAAAGGUGGAACAGCUGCUGGUCCUGACCAUGUUGUGGUGGAAAUGAUAUAAUGUUCCAAAUUUGAGAUUGUGCCUAUUCUUAAAAAAUGUUUCACUAGGAUGUUUGACAGUGGUAUAUUCCCCAGAAGCUGGUCUUGUUCGGUAAACAAUGUUUCAAUAGGAUGUUUGACAGUGGUAUAUUCCCCAGAAGCUGUUCUUGUUCGGUAAACAAUGUUUCACUAGGAUGUUUGACAGUGGUAUAUUCCCCAGAAGCUGGUCUUGUUCGGUAAACAAUGUUUCAAUAGGAUGUUUGACAGUGGUAUAUUCCCCAGAAGCUGGUCUUGUUCGGUAAACAAUGUUUCACUAGGAUGUUUGACAGUGGUAUAUUCCCCAGAAGCUGGUCUUGUUCGGUAAACAAUGUUUCAAUAGGAUGUUUGACAGUGGUAUAUUCCCCAGAAGCUGGUCUUGUUCGGUAAACAAUGUUUCACUAGGAUGUUUGACAGUGGUAUAUUCCCCAGAAGCUGGUCUUGUUCGGUAAACAAUGUUUCAAUAGGAUGUUUGACAGUGGUAUAUUCCCCAGAAGCUGGUCUUGUUCGGUAAACAAUGUUUCAAUAGGAUGUUUGACAGUGGUAUAUUCCCCAGAAGCUGGUCUUGUUCGGUAAACAAUGUUUCACUAGGAUGUUUGACAGUGGUAUAUUCCCCAGAAGCUGGUCUUGUUCGGUAAACAAUGUUUCAAUAGGAUGUUUGACAGUGGUAUAUUCCCCAGAAGCUGGUCUGGUUCGGUAAGAAAGGAGAGUUUAUCAACCCAGACAACUAUAGGGGAAUAUCCUUAAUGAGUAUUCUUGGAAAGAUUUUGAAAUCAGUACUUAAUUCCAGGAUUACGAAUUGUGCUGAACCACGAGAUAAAAUUCCCCAAACUCAAGCUGGUUUUAGAAAAAAGUACUCAAUGUCAGAUCAUGUAUUCACAUUAUAUGCAAUAAUCCAAAAAUGUCUAUCACGUCGCAAACACAAAUUGUAUGUAACCAUUGUCAAUUUUAAAAAAGCUCUUCACUCCGUUGAUCGUUAUAAACUGUGGUGCUGUUUAAGAACUACUGGCCUUCAGGGGAAAAUGUACUCUGUAUUAAAAGUGAUGUAUUCAAAUAUAAUUUUUUAAUUUGAAGUUUACACGAUAUACGGCUUUUCCAUUGGACGAGAAGCUGGUCACAUGACCGAGAAACUGACGUUCAUAAGCGUAUGAACGACACAAUUUGACGUUCACACGUUCAGCGCGAGGUGUCACUCCAUGCCGGGACAACUUUCCAAUACAUUCCUUGGAAAACCCUUUAUGGGAAUUCCUUUGCCUUCCGUGUAUUCUAUUUAUAUCUUGCUCAAGUAAUGUGACAAAAAUAACAUUAAACUGUGUUAUUUAACUACACAACUGUUUUGGUAAACUAUCGGUUAGAAAAGUGUUCUACCGUGUUUGCAAUAAAAAAAAUAAUGCAUUGA